CUCCUCUGUAAACUGAGUGAACCAAUUGUCUCUCCCUCUUUGAUAAGGAAAUUCUCCGAUCACUCGAUCUUAGCCUGUGCUUCUUAUCUUGGUGUCCCUCUCAUCUGACGUUUUUGUCUUCUUAUCUUUGAAGACUGGACAACCCCACCAAUCCCGUGCUCAGCCCCUCCAUCAAGUGUAGAGAUAAGAAGGAUAAGGAGAACGAGUAAAGACCUCGGCGAGAAGCACGAGGACGAAAAGGGAUAGAAACUAGGAUUCCCCGGAUUUUUUGAUAAGCUGUACAGAGUAGCUUUAUCUUUGUCGUUCGAGAUUGAGUUUCAUCCUCUUUCUUUUUUUCCCUCUCUUUAUUCUUCCCCUGUUUGGUUCAUCAACCGUUGUUUCUGCCUAUCAUGACAACUUCAAACGCUGAGCAAUACCCUGAGGGUCCUCUCUCUGUCCUCGUCUCCUCUCGGGUCGUCGUCACUCUUCCUGAUGACUCUCUCGCUAUCACUCCCGCUUCCAUUGUCGUCAGCCCCAUCACCGGAAAGAUUAUCUCUGUCAUCCCCGAAGUCCUCCCCUCAACAAGCUUCCCUGCUGGUACUGAGUAUGUCGACCAUACUCCCAAGCUUCUCCUGCCCGGUCUCGUCGACGCUCAUGUUCACUUGAACGAGCCUGGUCGUACCGAGUGGGAGGGUUUCUGGACUGGUACCCGUGCUGCAGCCAGCGGUGGUGUCACUACUGUUGUUGACAUGCCGCUAAAUGCUAUUCCUCCUACGACCACUCUUCAUGGGUUUGAGGAGAAGUUGAGGGCGAGUCGGGGACAAUGCUGGGUUGAUGUUGGGUUCUAUGGUGGUAUUAUUCCGGGUAAUGCUGAUGAGCUGAGACCCCUUGUCGAAGCUGGCGUUCGAGGGUUUAAAGGAUUCUUGAUCGAGUCUGGUGUCCCCGAGUUCCCUGCUGUAUCAUCCAAGGAUAUCGCCCUCGCCAUGGAGACUCUCAAGGACAGCCCUACUACUCUCAUGUUCCACGCCGAAAUGAUCCCUCCCAUUACUCAAUCCGUCGGUGAUGACGUUCAGACCUCAGAAGCUCCCCUCGCUCCCACUGGUGAACUCACCGCAUACAAGACCUUCCUCGAAUCACGACCCCCUGCUUUCGAAACAUAUGCCAUCGAGGAGAUUCUCAGCCAAGCCUACAUUGCUCCCUCGCUACACCUUCAUAUCGUCCAUCUGUCCGCUACCCAGUGCAUUCCUCUCCUCAAGGCAGCUCGCAAGGCAGGCAUCAACAUCACAGCUGAGACUUGCUUCCACUACCUCGGUCUAACGGCUGAGGAGAUUGAGAAGGGCGACACUCGACACAAGUGCUGUCCUCCCAUCCGAGAGGGCAAGAACCGCGAUGGCCUUUGGGAUGAGCUCGUCGCUGAGGACUCAUGCAUCAAGACUGUUGUGUCGGAUCACUCACCCUGCACACCUCAACUCAAGCUCCUCCCUCAACAUCUCGACGCCGACCGACCCAGCAUUCCCCACAACGACUCUGGUAUCGACAUGACACACUCCGCAACCCAGAAGGCCGAGAAGGAGCGCGGUGAUUUCUUCGCAGCCUGGGGCGGCAUCUCAUCCGUCGGUCUUGGUCUUCCCAUUCUUUACACCGCCGCCAAGAAGCGCAGCGACUUCUCCAAGACACCCAGCAUCACCGACAUUGUUCGUCUCUGCUGCCAAGCCACAGCCGCUCAAGUCGGUCUCUCGCACCGCAAGGGCGCUAUCAGAGUCGGUAUGGACGCUGACAUCUGUGUCUUUGACGAUGCAGACGAGUGGACGUUUUCACAGGGUGAUAUGCGAUGGAAGAACCGCUGCUCACCGUGGGAAGGUCAUCAGUUUACCGGUCGUGUGAAGGAGACAUGGCUGCGUGGAAACAAGGUAUUUGAGCUCGGAGCGGCGAAUUCUGGAUUCGUGGCUGGCAAGCCUUUGGGGGAGAGCAUCACAGAGAAGCGAACAUUUUGAAAUGAUUGACGAUGAAAUAUAGCAUUAAGGGCGUUAGCGGAUAGAAUUGUAUUUAUCUAUGUAUGUCUUGGGGUUUUGUGUUUUUCUUAUUGAAUAGCAUGAGUAAUGAAAUUGCAGAUUGAUGAGAUUGUGGC